GGAGGCGGGGCAGGCGGGUUAUGGUUUCCUGGAGAGCGCAUCUGUCUCCGUGCUUGCGGCUGGAGGGUUGCUGGGUCACUAUUCCCGGACCGCACUGCCAGGGGCUGGGCCGAGUACGAGAGCCGCAUCGCCUCGCCGGCACCUUCCAGGCUGCCUUCUGAGGCCUUGAACCUGGCCCCAUCUGGCGCUCCUGUGAGCCCCGCUGCGACCCUAGCGCCCGAUAUCCUCCCCGCGGGCUGUCCGGAGGGUCCAGGCCCCAUUGUCCUUGUCCCCACCGCGGUCACAGGCCCCUUGAGCGCUAGCCCUCCCCACUCCCCUUCCCAGGCAGGGCCACCAACGCCUCCAGCAGCUGCUCUUCUGUCUGGUCCGUGGAGGUGGUUGGUUACCAUGGUGAAGCUGGCAGCCAAAUGCAUCCUGGCAGGAGACCCAACCGUGGGCAAGACCGCCCUGGCCCAGAUCUUCCGCAGCGACGGAGCCCAUUUCCAGAAGAACUACACCCUGACAACAGGGGUGGAUCUGGUGGUGAAGACGGUGCCAGUCCCUGACACAGGGGACAGUGUGGAACUCUUCAUUCUUGACUCGGCCGGCAAGGAGCUGUUUUCUGAAAUGCUGGAUAAACUGGCGAGUAGGAUUCAGUCUUUUUCCUAUCACCACCACCUCCCGCCAAAGUGGGAGAGUCCCAACGUCUUGUGUCUCGUCUACGACGUGACCAACGAGCAGUCCUUCAGCAACUGCAGCAAGUGGCUGGAGAAGGCUCGGUCACAGAUGCCAGGCGCCACCCUCCCAGGUGUACUGGUGGGGAACAAGACAGACCUGGCCAGCAGGCGAGUGGUGGAGUCGGCCCAGACCCGGGCAUGGGCACUGGGCCAAGGCCUGGAAUGUUUUGAAACAUCCGUGAAGGAGAUGGAAAACUACAAAGCCCCCUUCCACUACCUGGCCAAGCAGUUUCACCACCUGUACCGGGAGAAGCUGGAGGUUUUCCAGGCGCUGGUGUGAGGGGCUGGCUGGACCAUUCCCCGCGCUGGAACCUGGCCGCGGGCUCCGUCUCCUCGGGAGAUGGGAGAAGAUAGAGUGGCCUGAGCCCUUCCAAUCUAUCGUGACAGCUUUAAAUAAAAUGAGAAAA